GCAAUUUGAAUCAUAAUAAUUUGAACCUACAAACUAGUCGUACGCUAUAUAGUAAUGAGCUUAGUAACAGCUCAGACAUUAAUAACCAACGAUUUGAACCUAAUUAUAACAAAAUUAGUGGUGACGAACAAUCUUACCAUGGAAAUAUCGAUCUAGAAUAUAAUGACCAACAUAUGAGUAGUGGCAGUUUGUGUGAUACGGACAAUUUGGAAUGUGAUCAGAAAUUUGAAGAUAACUUGGAUUAUGAUGAUCUAGAAAGCAUAUAUUAUGAAAAUGAAUUUAACAAUAAUAUAAAUAGCGAUAGUUUAAAUGAUGAAUGUGAACUAAUAUCAAUGGAUGAUAAUGCACCAAAAACAUUUAACGGGACGAAAUCCAAUAUAAAUUGGAAUCAUGAAUGUCCAUUUG